GACAGCUCCAUCCGAGCGUUAACGGUAGGAAUGGCUGCUUUGCGGCGAUUGACGCGGCUGCAGCUCGUGAGCGGGGUCCCGCGGCGGCUGACCGCUUUCAGUAGUUCUGUCCGCUCGAGACGGCCCGCCGUGCUGGCGGCUGUCGGAGGCGCGGCGGUGGCUUCGUGUUGCUAUUAUUGUUACUACUACUACUACUAUCCAUCUUCGCUGGAGUCGGGGAGUGGGAUCAGCCGGGAGGGGCGGUACAGGCUGGGCCUCCCCGGCGGGGAUGUGUUCGCUCCGCUCUCUGUACCAACUGUAGAAGCCACGGGAAAGGCCAAGAAUGUAAUGGAAGAAUCUGAUAUUGAAGAUGUGGAACUAUAUGUUUCUUCCCAAGAACAAAGAUUUAGGCUGUUUACAUCACUGGAGCAUGAAGGUCAGCUAUAUAUGACUCCACGAGACUUUAUUGAAUCUGUUACUACAGAUGAACCAAGAGGUUUUAGACCUCGGAAAUCCCUUUCAAAACAGGAAUUGGAAAACAUGCUUGCAGAAACACCUCCGGUAUGGAAAGGCUCUUCAAGACUUUUUCGAACUUUACAUGAUAGAGGUCUGAUUGCCUACACAGAAUAUUUGUUUCUUUUGUGCAUACUAACAAAACCUCAUGCAGGUUUUAAAAUAGCUUUCAACAUGUUUGAUACUGAUGGCAAUGAAAUGGUGGACAAGAAGGAGUUCUUAGUGCUUCAGGAAAUUUUUAGAAAGAAAAAUGAGAAACGAGGGAGAAGAGGUGAUGAUGAGGAGAAGUCUGCACAGGUGGUGGUAAAUAAAGGUACCCCAAAUCAAACCACAGACCGAAGUUACUGGGAUACAUUAAGACGUAACACCAGCCAAGCACUCUUUUCAGACCUUGCAGAGCGUGCAGAAGAAAAUUUCUUUGUAGAUACUACAUUACUUGUGCAUUUUUUUGGAAGAAAAGGCAAAGCUGAGCUGAAUUUUAAUGAUUUUUAUAAGUUCAUGGAUAAUAUUCAGACUGAAAUUUUGGAAACUGAAUUCCUUUCAUACUCCAAAGGCAUGACCACAAUUAGUGAAGAGGAUUUUGCUCGUAUUCUGCUACGUUAUACAAAUGUAGACAACACAAGCACUUAUCUGGAGUCUGUUCGUCAAAGAAUUCCUGAAGAGAAGGGCAUCACUUUUGAUGAAUUCAGAUCCUUCUUUCAAUUCCUGAAUAACUUGGAGGACUUUGCCAUUGCAAUGCAGAUGUAUAAUUUUGCAAAUCGAUCAAUUGGGCAAGAUGAGUUCAAGCGUGCUGUAUAUGUGGCUACAGGCCUGAAGCUUUCUUCACACUUGGUAAAUACAGUCUUCAAAAUCUUUGAUGUGGACAAAGAUGAUCAACUAAGUUACAAAGAAUUCAUUGGUGUUAUGAAAGAUCGACUGCACAGAGGAUUUAGGGGCUACAAGUCUACACAGGGAUAUCCAAGUUUCAAAGUUUGCCUGAAGAAAGAAUUUGUCACCAGAUAAGUGUUCAAAGGGCCUGACAGGAAAGGUUUCUACAAACAUGCAUGUUAGAAAAUGAACAUUUUUUUUGAGCAACUUUGAAGGAAGUGUAAAGCAUGCUACUUCUGAUGAUCUGGAAUAUAGCAUUAAAAACCCCAAUUUAAGGUUUAGUGUUUACUGGUAAGGUAGAUUUAUGCAAAAACUUAACCUUAUUUGAUUAAUAGGAACAUUACUGCAUUAUAGUAACUUCUGUGCACUGCUCAAAUUUUUCUACUUUGUAUGUGAUAGAAAUGACAAGCACGUGUGAUUUUUCUGUAUAUUACGCCUUGUUCCUCAGCUGAAAAUCUUCAUAAUGCAAUCUAUGGAAUGAGUAGUCAAGAAAAGUAGUGUGAUACACAAUUUCAUGUGGACAUGAGCACCAUAUCCACUCAUCACUCAAGACUUUGAUAUUUUCAGCUAGCAUAAUGUGUUAAAAAUGUAGACAAAAUUGCUUUUGAACAUUAAUCUUAAGAUGUAUUUGGUUUGUGAUGAGAAAACUAGACCUGCAAACUAUUAGAAACAUCCAAUUUUUUAAUGUUUUCUCAAUACAAAUUAUUUAUUAUUAUAUCUGUUGAAGUAAAUAGCAUAGAUGUAUUUGUAGAGAAGCUAGAUGAGAAUAUGGAGGGGAAGGGAGCAGAAGGACUUACUUAAUUAACAUUUCGGGUCCGGUGACCCUUCCUCAGGAGGAUCUGAGGAAGGGUCACCGGACCUGAAACGUUAACUCUGUUUUUUCCUUCACAGAUGCUGCCAGACCUACUGAGCUUUUCCAGCAACUUUGUUUUUGUUCCUGAUUUACAGCAUCUGCAGUUCUUUCAGUUUUUAUUUAGAAGGAUUUAUUUGUAGGUUUAGACGACAAGGAGUGAAAAGAUAGUCAUGUGGAGAACAAAUAUUGCUAGACCAUCUGGGCUGAACAGCCUGUUUUUGUGUGGUAGACUGUAAUUCAAUGCAAUUUAUGUAAACUCAAAUCAUGAAAGGAAUUGAAUGUUGAAAAUAAUUUGUAAGAGAAUAUUGACAAAUUACUGGUUCCCUUUCAACGAUAGCUGUCAAUGCAUACUAUCUUGGUUAAUUCUUAAAACAAUCGUGUUGGUACCUUCUCAAAGCAAGCUUCACUUUUGUUAACUUACUUUUUUUCUGAAAUACGCUCCAUUCCAUUUACUUUUCACAUUUAUUGUAUUAGGAUAGAGAUUGUUCUGCAAUUCAUUUGUUGAUGUGUACUUCCUAUGAAUAUACUUUUCAUAUAAUAAGCAUUUAAAUAUAUUGUUCUAAUUCAGAAUGGGAUACUACAGCUAUCACAGUUACAAUUAGUGCAGUUGUUAAAUCAAUGAUUCAAAGUUCAGUGUGAAAAACAGUCUGCAAAAUAGACUUUUAUAGCUUCAAUUACGUAUUAGAAUCAAGCAAUACAUUCUUAUUUUCAA